UGAAGAUAGUUUAAUAACUGGGUCGUGAUUGGCCUCACACUCCAGUACAGUUGGUGGCGGUGUACUCACCAAGAAGAAGAAGACGGUGGUCAGCUGACGUCUAAAGAGGAGGGGAAAGCAAUAGGAGCAUAAUUAGCUAGUGUGUGUUGUAGAACUUUUGCUAACGAACCCUGAAAUAUAUCGGAGAAAAAAGGGACGUGAACUUAGGUGUGUGAGAAGACUGAGGUGGGUGUUUUCACCAUGGCCAGUUUGGACUAAGGAGCAGCCACGAUGAUUGGAGGACUGUUCAUCUACAACCACAAAGGGGAGGUCCUUAUCUCUCGUGUCUACCGCGAUGACAUAGGGCGCAACGCGGUGGACGCAUUCCGUGUGAAUGUGAUCCAUGCCCGGCAGCAGGUGCGCUCUCCUGUGACCAACAUUGCACGUACCAGCUUCUUCCAUGUCAAGCGCUCCAACAUCUGGCUGGCGGCGGUCACCAAGCAGAAUGUCAACGCUGCCAUGGUGUUCGAGUUCCUCUACAAGAUGUGUGACGUCAUGGCCGCCUACUUUGGCAAGGUCAGCGAAGAGAACAUCAAGAACAACUUUGUGCUGAUCUAUGAGCUGCUCGACGAGAUCCUGGACUUCGGGUAUCCCCAGAACUCUGAGACCGGAGCACUAAAGACCUUCAUCACCCAGCAGGGCAUCAAGGGCCAGCAUCAGACAAAGGAAGAGCAGUCUCAGAUCACUAGUCAGGUGACUGGGCAGAUUGGUUGGCGUCGCGAAGGCAUCAAGUAUCGGCGCAAUGAGCUCUUCUUGGAUGUGCUGGAGAGUGUCAACCUGCUUAUGUCGCCUCAAGGUCAGGUCCUGAGUGCCCACGUGUCCGGCCGUGUGGUAAUGAAGAGCUACCUCAGCGGAAUGCCGGAGUGCAAAUUUGGCAUGAAUGACAAAAUUGUCAUUGAUAAGGCGGGUAAAGGCGGUGUCACUGAUGAGGUGGGAAAGAGUGAUUUGGGGGGAGGAGGAAGUACCAGUGGUAAGCAGUCCAUAGCCAUCGACGACUGUACAUUCAACCAGUGUGUGCGUCUCAGUAAGUUUGACUCGGAGCGCAGCAUCAGCUUCAUCCCCCCGGAUGGAGAGUAUGAGCUCAUGAGGUACCGUACCACUAAAGACAUCAUCCUACCUUUCCGAGUCAUUCCGCUGGUCAGGGAGGUGGGCCGCACAAAACUGGAGGUCAAAGUGGUCAUCAAGUCCAACUUCAAACCCUCGCUACUGGCCCAGAAAAUUGAGGUGCGCAUUCCCACGCCGCUCAACACAAGCGGUGUCCAGGUGAUCUGCAUGAAAGGCAAGGCCAAGUACAAGGCCAGCGAGAACGCCAUCGUAUGGAAGAUCAAGCGCAUGGCUGGGAUGAAGGAAUCUCAGAUCAGUGCUGAAAUCGAGCUACUGCCCACCAACGAUAAGAAGAAGUGGGCCCGUCCUCCCAUCUCCAUGAACUUUGAGGUUCCGUUUUGCCCCCUCUGGGCUGAAGGUGCGUUACUUGAAGGUGUUGAGUCCAAGCUGAACUACAGUGAUCUAUGAUGUUGUCAAAUGGGUGCGCUACAUUGGCCGAAGCGGCAUCUACGAGACUCGAUGUUAGACCGAGCUGAGGCAUACCUAGCAUUUCUCCCUCCACACUUUACAUUUUUUCUUAUGUCCAUCUCUCUUCCCUUUAUUCCUCAAUGUUAGGGGAUAUUUAAAAAACUGGCAUAAUGUACAGAUACUGUAUAUGCAAAAUGUGAACCAUAGUAUGGCAUCUCUUACUAUAGUUAAAGGUAGACUCGGUGAUAUGAUGUAGAAAGUAAACAGCAUAGUGGGUCAUUUUCUGCAGCAACUAAGAGCGUUGAAGCGCGAGGGCUCAACUUCUCUUGCUAUUUUGGUGCCCUGGCUACCACGCUGUGAACCCCUGCACUGUUUGAGCUAAGUGUUGCAUCUUGCUCAUUUCAAUAGCCAGUGCUGCUCAUGGCAACAUCAUUUCGAUGAGUCUACCUUCAACUUGCAAACAAACUGCUCCUGUAAGAAAGAAUACAAAUAACCUGAAAACUGGCAGGGGUGGUAUUGAAGGGUCCAUAAUGUUGGAGGAAAGUGGGGGUCAGUGUUAUUGUCCAGUCUGCAGUUUUUAUUAUAGGGUCAAGGUCUUUGAAGAGUCCCCUUGUGAUCCAUCCUUUUUCUAAAAUGGCCUUUUGAGUCCAACAUCCUCUCUUACCUGUGAAAUGCAUCUAGUGUAGCUUAAUUAGCAGUUUGUUUCAUUGGGUGGAAUACAACCUGAGCACUACAGUGGCUUGGCACUGACCUGCCUUUUCAGAGCCUGUGAUGAGGUCGCCCCCCCCCCCCCCCCCCCCCCCCCCCCGGUGUCACAUUGCCUCGUCUGGCUCUCCUUGUUUGUAAAACCUGGUGACUGUCCAGUAAAAUCCCAUCAUGUAACCAGCUCCGCUUGUCAUUGUCUUUUUCACGUUUUAUAAACUGGGUGGUUCAUGUCCUGAUUGUCUGACAGCAUACCACAGAUG